UUCGUUCGGGUUUUUGAAUUUUAUUUAACGUUUUUGCCUUUUGUGUUCCCAAUUUCAUGUUAUUUUCUGUUGAUCUGCUGUUGGACAAUUAUAAAGAAAGGGUUGGUUGCCCUCAGUGAGAGUGCUAUUAUAGUUUAAUACAAUGAAAGAUUACAAGAACAUUGAAUACCGAGUUGAAUACACCAAAGAGAAAAAGGAAAAUGAUGGAGGUGAUUCAUUGAAAACGGGAAUCGAAGAUCCUGAGGAUGCGGAUAUAGACACCGACUUACUAUGCCCAGACAUAAUAAUGGAAGUCAAGAGUGACUCGAUAGCAACAGGGAAUGAAUUAAUUCAGGAAUGUAAGAAUGAACCAUUCAGUUUAAGUUCUUCAGCAUACGACUACAACAUAACAGGUGCAAGAGCUCAAUUCAAACUGAAUGCAGAGGAGGAGCAACUUGAGAAAGCUGUCUACAAAAUAGAUCCGGAGUGCAUCAAAUACACGAAAAUCCAUUGUACAGCGUGUAACGCCCAUCUGGGCAGCGCCCUCAACGAUCUAGGGAACAUUUUCGUGCACCCUCUGCUCUUCGUGUUGGUGUGCAAGGAGUGCUUCGAUUACUACUCCAAGGGCAGCUUCGAAACGGACGACGAUGGCAGCGAAGAGUUCUGCAGAUGGUGCGGUCAGGGUGGGGGUGUUUUGUGUUGCAACGUGUGCCCCAUGGUAUUUUGCAAGAUGUGUAUCAGGAUCAAUUUCGGCAUAUCAAAGUAUGCUGAGAUCAGAGACAAUGACGACUGGAAAUGUUUCUCUUGUGAUCCCAGUCAGAUAAUGGCUUUCAAGGUGCAAUGUCACGAGUAUGCCAGAUACGUCCAGUCAAAAAUGUGUAUGGCGGAUAGUGAAACUGCCGAUUUUUACAUGAAAACCGAUUUCACGCAAUGCUGUUCUUCGAGUGUGAAAAGCAUCAAAAAAAGAAAAGCCAGUUCGGACGAAGAUCCCGAUUAUGAUCCCGAUAACGCCAUGCAAGAAUCGGAACCCAAAAUGGCGGCUUGCAAAAAAGAAAAUGGCGGUUCGACGAAAUUUCUCAAAACUAGGUACACGAACUUGUUGCCAGUGAAAAAUAUCAAAAUUGAGCACGAUGAACCGAUUUCGAAACCGGCGGGAAGUAAAACGACGUUUCUGAUUUCGGAAAAACUGAAAACGGACGUGACAGAUACGAAACAUCGUAUUGGCCUGAUCGUUAAAAAUCCUGAUGCGUCAAAAUCUGCGGUUCAGGUUUUGGGAAAUACUCCGAAUAGUGCACCGCAGGCCUGUGUAGCAACAGAUAUAUUGGCUCAGAAAAAUGAAUUGAUACUUCACAAACAACCAACAUUUUCGAUGCCUACAAAUGUUGAUAUUUCUACACAAAACCAGUCAAAUUCCCUAGAUUCCUGUAAAACCAUCAUUCCAACGAAUAAACCCAUUUGGACUUUCACGAAAAUACCUCAAAAGUCCAUAAUAAUAUCCACAAGUCAAAAUCCCGGCCAACAAAAAAGUUUCAGCCUGCUGAGGCCGUCCUCAGUACCCACAUUUACGUACAAAAAUGUACCUGAUGCCAAUAAAAACACUGUGGACGCUAAUAAAAACACUGUGGACGCUAAUAAAAACCCUCCGACGGAAACCCUCCCAAGAAAUAUAAUCGAUAAGGCCAUUUUGGAUACCGCUUUGGCUAACGGAACAUUCGGUUCAUCCAUUUUGCAGCUGCAACAAAAGUUCAAAGAUACAAAGAUGGGCACGGCAGGUGAUUGCAUCACCCUGUACAAUGCAUUUCAGGAGUCCGUGUCGAAUAUGAUCGGGGCUUUGUUGGACGUCAAGAAAGAGCAUAUUUUGGCCAGCAUCAGUCCAGGUCGUAUACAAGGUACGAAAAGACUUGCACCUGUCAAUUACCAUAAUAAAGGAUCGAUACCAGUUUCCAAUUUUUAUGAAAAACAAGCGACAACGCCUGCGUUUUUUUCUAUUCGUCCUGAUCCUGUUGUUUUAAUACCGAGCGUUUCGAAAAAUAUCGACUCGAAUCAGAAAAGCAAUUCAUAGUCGAUAAAUGGAUUUCGAUAUUUUUGUUAUCUAAUUUAUUGUUCAAAUUUUAAUAUUUAUUGUUUCUGCUGUGUUUUCAAUUGAUCUGUUGAGUUUAAUAAAUAUUAUAACCUU